UGGACGAGAGCGAAGCUUCACUCGGCGUGCCGGCGCGACGGCGGCGAGGCACGAUAUACCCUCCUCCUCGCCCUCUAUCUGCGUCACAAACACACACGACCUCAGCGGCGUACACUCCGGCGCGCUACAAAAGCCAGCCGUCCGGGCCUUCUCGUACAAAGGCCUGCACGCUGCUCCGAGAGCUCAGUCAGCCCCACGUUCCCCACGCCAUGGCGUUCAUGAUCCCGGCCGUCCGCAACGAAUACGACAUCUACCUCAGCCGGAGCCCACGGAACUCCGGUUCACCGCCAACGCAGGAAUGGUCGACCAGUAGCGUCGAGGAGUACCUGAGGAGCAUGCGCGGAUCGGCUUGCCAAAACAACAACAACGUCUUCGUGAAGAACAACAACCUCGGGUCGAGCAGGGACCGUUCGUCCGGUUCUUCGUCGCCUCAGCGCAAGACAAGCAGGGACAUCGUCAGCAUGCAAGCAAGAGCCGACCCGGUGCUCAUCGAAAAGCUGAAGAAGUGCGACCCGUCUUAGCGAUGGCGAUCGUCUCCUUCUACGCUUUCUUCAAGUCUUCGGGACGUGCCGAAGUAAACCUGGCGCCGUAGAUGCUCAUCGACGCACGAAGCCAAUGAUCUUCCAGGAUCUGAGGAAUGUCUUCCAACAGCACACCUCCGGUGACGCGACGACAAUUCGCGAGCCCAUGCACAGAACGUUCCCCAGCCAUGACCAGCAGCCCCUGGAUGAAGAUCACAGAGCAAGUACCCUCCACCACCAUGACUUGCGCAUUUAAUUGAUUACGCAGAUAUUAAGCGCCAUUGUCACAAGUUAUUUCCGGAAGACAUGCUGCUUUGCGAUCGACUGUAACAGAUCGACGCAGAUACAAAGAAAACUUUAGGCGAUGUAAAAUUUAAUCAUUGUAUUCCUCUGCUGCCUUUGACAAUUACUUCUCGACCAGUUGGACUUUUGGUGUAAACCGUAACACAGUUACAAAAACCCAGAAACUGAUAUAACAGAAAGCUCCUGAAGCACAUCUGUGCAACGACGUAGACCUUCGAAUUUGACGUUGGAUGCCAAAUAAAACAUUGUCUUCCAUAUAUAA